CAUAACGUUUCAUAGUCGGUAAUUGUUUUGGAUUGAGAAAGUAAACACGAAAGAACAUUUUAAAUGUUUCAAUUUUGAUGAAGAUCAUAUUUCGUGCACUACCAUUCCAAUCCACAGCACGGCGCUAAUAACGCUCCUGCUGACGACUGGGACGCUCGGCGGAAAAAGAUGACCGAUAGUUGCGCUUCCGCUUCCGUCUGUUGUGUGCCACAGGCUCCGCAAAGAUGAACGCACCUCCAGCUUUCGAGUCAUUUUUGUUGUUUGAUGGUGAGAAGAAGAUCACAAUCACAAAAGACACCAAAGUCCCUAACUCGUGUCUGUUCACACUGAACAAGGAGGACCACACGCUGGGAAACAUCAUCCGCGCGCAGCUGCUGAAGGAUCCCCAGGUUCUCUUUGCUGGUUAUAAAGUUCCUCAUCCUCUGGAGCACAAGAUAGUCAUCCGAGUGCAGACAACACCUGAUUACAGUCCACAGGAAGCCUUCACGAAUGCCAUCACUGACCUCAUCAGUGAGUUGUCUCUGCUGGAGGAGCGCUUCAGGGUGGCCAUCAAGGACAAACAAGAAGGCAUUGAGUGACAACAUCCACCACCCCUCUGCAUCCCCUCUUCACCUGUCCUCACCAUGCAAUGUUUUUUUCUGUAAAUAAAGACUUUCAUACUGUCA